CGCGAGCUAGCAUUUAGAGAUGGCAGUAUUUAACAUGGCGACCUCCAUCUGCAAUGCCCCACAACUUUCAGAAAUUUUUGAAGAAUCAAGGAAAAUGCAGGAGGAACUAGAACAUUCGUCAGGACCAUCAAAUAGUCAAAGCUAUCAGGAUAAAGUGAAGAAAGGAAUAUCUCAACUUGAACAAGCAACUCACAUGGUGAAUGAACUUGGUCUUUUUAGUCGUAAUGAAGAGAUUGAAGAGUGUCCUACUGCUCAUAUAAGAUAUCUACUUCUACCUGCGUUCCUUGGUGAUAUGACUCUCAAGUUUCAAGAUGAUGAUAGACUCAGUAUCGUUCAGAAAGCCAAGGCUUAUUUCAGAGAUUACAUCAGGAGAUGUAGGGAUUAUGGUGUAACAAAAGAGGAGAUACCAGAAGAACCAUCUGAGGAAUCUGAUCCUGUACCAAGACCUAGUGGCAGACCUAACCUUGCAGCUAUGCAGAGUAAUAGAGAAGAAAAGAUAAGACGGUAUAAGGAAGCCAAGGAAUUGAACCAAAAAUUGACUGACUUAGGUGACUGGGAAGUAGUAGAAAGAAGAGAAGAAGAUGUGAAGAGGGAAUUCUUUCUCUUGAUGCUCAAGAAGUGGGUAUCGACAUCCUUGGAGCAGCUGAACAGCAUUCAACAGGAAAUAGAAAUCUUACAGCACAUGGCCAAGAUGAAGAAAGGAGAGAAUCAAUGCCAGGAUGAUAAUUCAACAAAAAGAAAAGAACCACCUCCAAAAGAACAUAGGAAGCCCAUGAAACCAUUCAUAUUAACAAAGGAUGCCCUCCAAGCUCAGGUAUUUGGUGCUGGUUACCCAAGUAUACCAACCAUGACAAUAGAUGAUUUCUACCAAAAAGAGAUUAGAGAAGGAAAAAUACAACUUGGUUCAAUGAAUCAACCACAGAUGAGUGAGAAAGAAGAAGUUGAAGCCAUUGAUAUAAGGAAAGAGAGAGAAAUAGAACAAGAUGAUCCAGAAGCUCUCAAGAAAGCAAGAGAAUGGGAUGAAUGGAAAGACGACCAUAAAAGAGGAUGGGGAAACCGUGAGAACAGAAGCUGAUUGGAGCCUGACUACUGGACUAAAUCAUGGUCUUCAUGACUCAUAGUUACAGAAGAGAAAAGGGAGAUUAUCAUCUCAUCCAAUUAGAUCUUCUCUGAUGGAUGACAGACCUUUCUCAGACAUCAUUCAAAGCCAAAUGAGAUGUAACAUUUGAUGUAUGGAGUAAGAGAUAUGGUUGAGAGUAGCUUUGAUAGAAUGCUAUCUGUCCAGUAAUGGUGUAUGAAUGUUACCGGGAUAGAAGAGAAUGGUAAUGCACAUGGAUUGUUUUCAAAAUUGUGAAUACCAAAAUGAAUGUGGAAUAACAGAUUUUCUGUGGAAGAAUUCAGAGAAGUGGCAUUCUUUUAGAGAUGAUUGGAUUUUACAGUAUUCCAAUCAUUUUAACGAUGGCAAAGCAAUAAGAUUACAUGGGAUGUAUGCAAUCCAGCCUUUCUAUGACAAGAAGACAGACAUCAUUGAUGAGGCCCAAGCCCAAAUCAGUUGCAUGCUUCAUGAUAUGUGAUAUAUGAUUAAUAAUGUCAUAAAAUCUGUAAGAUCAGAUUAUGUUCUCAAAUUUAAUUCAGGAAUCGAUAAUGAUGAGUCCUAAACUUUCAAUACACUUUGUACAAAUUAAAGUUAGGUUACAGACUUAGUUUCUGAUUUUGUUAUAUUGAAGAAAAAAAACACCUGAAAUGUGCUACUAAUCUGUCAACAGAAUUUUUCAUUUUAAAUCAUAAUUGGAUUUCUUAGAUUUUGCCUACAUCAAAAGUCUUUAGCGAAAUUGUUUUCCUAAGAAUAGGCUUUAAUUUCUUUUUAUAGGUUAUUUUCAUUGAUUUUCAACAAAAUUUAGGUAUCCUAUUGCCCCCCCAUCUACAUCAGAAAGAUAGGAUGGUGUCUUAUAAAGUGCAUGAUUUGGUGAACUGCAGAAUACAACUACCUAUUCAGACCUGUUAUUGGAGUAUUUCAUUUGAAACAUUAAUUAUGAAAAAUGAGUUUAUGGUAUUAAAUUUUGAAUAGGAAUGAUGAUAUAUUUGAUUAUAUUUAAAUAAGUAUUAAA